UCCCGCCUCGGCGAGUUCUCGCGUCCGCGCGGCCGUUGCUGAGGAGACGGCGCAUGUCUCCCGGCGCGUGGCCCCCUCUGCAGUCCCCCCGCCCCUCUUCUCCCACCACAAUGAGAUCCUAAGAUGGCGGUGGCUACGGCGGUUGGCGCCCGGUGGCUAAAGUAGAAAAGGCGGCCAUUGGGCCCUAGGCAGCCAGGAAACUUGUGGACCUCCCCGCUGCGGUCUGUAAGGGAGAACCGCUGCCAGCGGCGGGUCGUGGGGGCUGACCGUCACGCCGCCCCGGGCAUGAGAGGCUGCUUCGUUUACAGUCCUACUGAGAUUGAGUCCAGGAUCGAGGAGAACUAAGUCCCAAGUGGGAUUCGGGAAGCGUCGCUUUGCUGUUGGAGAAACUGGUCUUUGGGGUGUUAGGGCUUAGGCCUCGCUGGGAGCCCGACAACAGCUUUGAAGUGUGGAGUGGGAAAGGAACUGUUUCCAAGCUGCAAAAACUAGUUCCUAAACAGAAAAUUAAGCUAAUAUGGCCACAGGAGGAGGUCCUUUUGAAGAAGGCAUGAAUGAUCACGAUUUACCCAGUUGGAGCAAUGAAAGUGUUGACGAUCGACUCAACAAUAUGGAUUGGGGUGGCCAACAGAAGAAGGCAAAUAGAUCAUCAGAAAAGAAUAAGAAAAAGUUUGGUGUAGAAAGUGAUAAAAGGGUAACUAAUGAUAUUUCUCCGGAGUCAUCACCAGGAGUUGGAAGGCGAAGAACAAAGACUCCACAUACGUUUCCACACAGUAGAUACAUGACUCAGAUGUCUGUCCCAGAGCAGGCAGAAUUAGAGAAACUUAAACAGCGGAUAAACUUCAGUGAUUUAGAUCAGAGAAGCAUUGGAAGUGAUUCUCAAGGGAGAGCAACAGCUGCUAACAACAAACGUCAGCUUAGUGAAAACCGGAAGCCCUUCAACUUUUUGCCCAUGCAGAUUAAUACUAACAAGAGCAAAGAUGCUGCUACAAGUCCUCAAAAGAGAGAAACGGUUGGAUCAACACAAUGUAAAGAAUUGUUUGCUUCUGCUUUAAGUAAUGACCUUUUUCAAAAUUGUCAAGUCUCUGAAGAAGAUGGACGAGGAGAACCCGCAAUGGAUAGCAGCCAGAUUGUAAGCAGACUUGUUCAAAUUCGUGACUAUAUUACUAAAGCUAGUUCCAUGCGGGAAGAUCUGGUGGAGAAAAAUGAAAGAUCUGCUAAUGUUGAACGCCUUACUCAUCUAAUAGAUCACCUUAAAGAACAGGAAAAGUCAUAUAUGAAGUUUCUCCAAAAAAUCUUAGCUAGAGAAAAUGAGGAGGAGGAUGUUCGGACUAUAGAUUCAGCUGUGGGAUCUGGUUCUGUAGCUGAGAGCACAUCGCUAAACAUAGAUGUGCAGUCUGAGGCUUCAGAUACCACGGCCAGAGAUCCUCAACGGGAGCCUGUAGAAGAGAUAGAAAAUUUGAAAAAACAACAUGAUUUAUUAAAAAGGAUGUUACAACAGCAGGAGCAGCUGAGAGCUCUGCAGGGACGACAGGCUGCUCUUCUAGCUCUGCAGCAUAAAGCAGAGCAGGCUAUUGCUGUGAUGGAUGAUUCUGUUGUUGCAGAAACUACAGGUAGCUUAUCUGGAGUCAGUAUCACAUCUGAGCUAAAUGAAGAAUUGAAUGAUUUAAUUCAACGUUUUCAUAAUCAGCUUCGUGAUUCUCAGCCUCCAGCUGUUCCAGACAAUAGAAGACAGGCAGAAAGUCUGUCAUUAACUAGAGAGGUUUCCCAGAGUAGGAAUCCAUCCAUUUCAGAACAUUUACCUGAUGAGAAGGUCCAGCUUUUUAGCAAAAUGAGAGUGCUACAGGAAAAGAAGCAAAAAAUGGACAAAUUGCUUGGGGAACUUCAUACACUUCGAGAUCAGCAUCUAAAUAAUUCAUCAUUUGUGCCUUCUUCAGCCUCUCCACAAAGGAGUGGGGAUCAGAGAAGUACAACUUCAGCUCCCUCAGCUCCUGUAGGCUUAGCACCAGUUGUCAAUGGAGAAUCCAAUAGCCUUACAUCAUCUGUUCCUUAUCCUGCUGCUUCUGUGGUUUCUCAGAAUGAGAGUGAAAGUGAAGUCCAUCUAAAUCCAACUGAAAAACUCCAGAAAUUAAAUGAAGUUCGAAAGAGAUUGAAUGAACUAAGAGAAUUAGUUCAUUACUAUGAACAAACGUCAGAUAUGAUGACAGAUGCUGUAAAUGAAAAUACAAAAGAUGAAGAAACUGAAGAAUCAGAGUAUGAUUCCGAGCAUGAAAAUUUGGAACCUGUUACUAACAUUCGAAAUCCACAAGUAGCUGCCACCUGGAAUGAAGUGAACAGCAAUAGUAAUACACAAUGUGUUUCUAAUAAUAGAGAUGGGAGAUCAGUUAAUUCUAAUUGUGAAAUUAACAACAGAUCUGCCAACAUAAGGGCUGUAAACAUGCCUCCUCCUUUAGCAGACUGUAGAUAUAAUAGAGGAGAACAGGGAAUGCAUGUUGCACAAGGUGAAGAUGAUGAGGAAGAAGAGGAGGAAGCAGAAGAGGAGGGAGCCAGUGGAGCUUCAUUAUCUAGUCACAGGAGCAGUCUAGUUGAUGAGCCUCCAGAAGAUGCUGAAUUUGAACAGAAGAUCAAUAGACUUAUGGCUGCAAAACAUAAACUUAGACAGUUACAAGAUCUUGUUGCUAUGGUACAGGAGGAUGAAGCAGCCCAAGGAGUUAUCUCUGCCAAUACUUCAAACUUGGAUGAUUUCUACCCAGCAGAAGAAGACAGUAAGCAAAAUUCCAAUAACACCAGAGGAAAUGCCAGUAAAACACAGAAAGAUACUGUAGUAAAUGAAAAGGCCAGGGAGAAAUUUUAUGAGGUUAAACUGCAGCAGCAACAGAGAGAACUAAAACAGUUGCAGGAAGAAAGAAAGAAACUGAUUGAGAUUCAAGAAAAAAUUCAAGCAUUACAAAAGGCGUGUCCUGACCUGCAGGUGUCAGCUGCUAGUGUGGGUAAUUGUCCCACAAAAAAAUACAUGCCAGCUGUUACUUCAACCCCAACUGUUAAUGAAAAUGAGACCAGUACCAGCAAAUCUGUUUUUGAGCCUGAAGAUUCUUCAAUAGGAGAUAAUGAGUUGUGGUCAGAAAUGCGAAGACAUGAAAUGUUAAGGGAAGAGCUGCGACAGAGAAGAAAACAGCUUGAAGCUCUGAUGGCUGAACAUCAGAGGAGGCAAGGUCUGGCUGAAACUGCAUCUCCAGUGGCUGUAUCAUUGAGAAGUGAUGGAUCAGAGAAUGUGUGUACUCCUCAGCAAAGCAGAACAGAGAAAACAAUGGCAACUUGGGGAGGUUCUACCCAGUGUGCACUAGAUGAAGAAGGAGAUGAAGAUGGGUACCUUUCUGAAGGAAUUGUUCGCACAGAUGAAGACGAGGAGGAAGAAGAGCAAGAUGCCAGUUCCAAUGAUAACUUUGCUAUAUAUCCUCCUAACAGUGUCAAUCAUAACACGUAUAAUGUAAAGGAAACUAAGAAUAGAUGGAAGAACAAUCGCCCUUUUUCAACAGAUGGAAAUUAUCGUCCUUUAGCCAAGACAAGGCAACAGAAUAUCAGUACACAAAGACAAGAAAAUCUUCGUUGGGUGUCAGAGCUCUCUUAUGUAGAAGAGAAAGAACAAUGGCAAGAACAAAUUAAUCAACUAAAGAAACAACUUGACUUCAGUGUUAAUAUUUGUCAGACUUUGAUGCAAGACCAGCAGACUCUGUCUUGUCUGCUACAAACUCUUCUGACAGGUCCUUACAGUGUUAUGCCCAGCAAUGUUGCAUCUCCUCAAGUGCACCUUAUAAUGCACCAGUUAAACCAGUGCUAUACUCAACUAACGUGGCAACAGAAUAAUGUUCAGAGGUUGAAACAAAUGCUAAAUGAACUUAUGCGCCAACAAAAUCAGCAUCCAGAAAAACGUGGAAGCAAGGAUAGGGGCAAUAGUGUGCCACACCCUCCUUCUCCUAGUUUAUUUUGUCCUUUCAGCUUUCCAGCACAGCCUGUAAAUCUGUUUAAUCUACCUGGGUUUACUAACUUUUCAUCAUUUGCACCAGGUAUGAAUUUCAGCCCUUUAUUUCCUUCUAAUUUUGGAGAUUUCCCUCAGAAUAUUUCUACACCUACUGAACAGCAGCAACCGUUAGCCCAGAAUCCUGCAGGGAAAACAGAGUAUAUGGCUUUUCCAAAACCUUUUGAAAGCAGUUCUUCCAUUGGAGCAGAAAAACAAAGGAAUCAAAAACAGUCUGAAGAGGAGAUGGAAAACAGUAGGACACCAUGGUUAUAUGACCAAGAAGGGGAAGUGGAAAAACCGUUUAUCAAGACUGGAUUUGCAGUGUCUGUAGAGAAAACUACGAAUAGUAACCGCAAAAAUCAAUUGGAUACAAACAGGAGAAGACGCCAAUUUGAUGAAGAGUCAUUAGAAAGCUUUAGCAGUAUGCCUGAUCCAGUAGAUCCAACGACAGUAACCAAGACAUUCAAAACGAGAAAAGCGUCUGCACAGGCCAGCCUGGCAUCUAAAGAUAAAACUCCCAAGUCAAAGAGUAAGAAGAGGAAUUCUACUCAGCUGAAAAGCAGAGUUAAAAAUAUUGGGUAUGAAAGUGCCAGUAUGUCUAGCACAUGUGAACCUUGCAAAAGUAGGAACAGACAUUCAGCCCAGACUGAAGAGCCUGUUCAAGCAAAAGUAUUCAGCAGAAAGAAUCAUGAGCAGCUGGAAAAAAUAAUAAAAUAUAGUAGGUCUACAGAAAUAUCUUCAGCACAUGCUAGGAGAGUACUACAGCAGUCUAACAGAAAUGCAUGCAAUGAAGCGCCAGAAACUGGGAGUGAUUUUUCCAUGUUUGAAGCUUUGCGGGAUACUAUUUAUUCUGAAGUAGCUACAUUAAUUUCUCAAAAUGAGUCUCGUCCACAUUUUCUUAUUGAACUCUUCCAUGAGCUUCAACUGCUUAAUACAGACUACUUGAGACAGAGGGCCUUAUAUGCACUACAGGACAUAUUAUCCAGACAUGUUUCUGGGAGUCAUGAAAAAGAAGGGGAAAAUGUAAAGUCAGUGAACUCUGGUACUUGGAUAGCGUCAAACUCAGAACUUACUCCCAGUGAAAGCCUUGCUACUACUGAUGAUGAAACUUUUGAGAAGAACUUUGAAAGAGAAGCACAUAAAAUAAGUGAGCAAAACGAUGCUGAUAAUGCUAGUGUCAUUUCUGUAUCUUCAAAUUUUGAGCCUUUUGCAACAGAUGAUCUAGGUAACACUGUGAUUCACUUAGAUCAAGCAUUAGCCAGAAUGAGAGAAUAUGAGCGUGUGAAGACCGAAGUUGAAAGUAACUCAGAUAUGAGAUGCCCCUGCAGGAUUAUUGAGGAUGAAGAUGGGGCCGUUGCCACUACUACGGUUAAUAAUUUAGAAGAAAUUCCCAUUAUUGAAAAUCAUAGUUCACAACAACCAGUAAGUGACAUUUCAACUGUCCCAUGUCCUAGAAUUGAUACUCAACAACUGGACCGGCAAAUUAAAGCAAUUAUGAAAGAAGUCAUUCCUUUUUUGAAGGAACACAUGGAUGAAGUAUGCUCUUCUCAACUUCUUACUUCAGUAAGACGCAUGGUUUUGACUCUUACCCAGCAAAAUGAUGAAAGCAAGGAAUUUGUAAAGUUUUUUCAUAAGCAACUUGGAAGUAUAUUACAGGAUUCACUGGCAAAAUUUGCUGGCAGAAAACUGAAAGACUGUGGAGAAGAUCUUCUUGUAGAGAUAUCUGAAGUGUUGUUUAACGAAUUAGCUUUCUUUAAGCUCAUGCAAGAUUUGGACAAUAAUAGUAUAACUGUUAAACAGAGAUGCAAAAGAAAAAUAGAAGCAGCUGGAGUAAUACAGUCUUAUGCCAAAGAGGCCAAAAGGAUUCUUGAAGGAGAUCAUGGCUCACCAGCUGAAGAGAUUGAUGAUGAGGAUAAAGACAAGGAUGAGACUGAAACAGUUAAGCAGACCCAAACAUCUGAGUUGUAUGGUGGAGGAGGUCCCAAAAAUCUAAGAUCUGAUGUUUCUGAUCAAGAGGAAGAUGAAGAAAGUGAAGGAUGUCCAGUGUCUAUUAAUUUGUCUAAAGCUGAAACUCAGGCUUUAAAUAAUUAUGGAAGUGGAGAAGAUGAGAAUGAGGAUGAAGAAGUAGAAGAGUUUGAAGAGAGCCCUGUAGAUGUCCAGACGUCACUCCAGGCUAACAUUGAAACUGCAGAAGAGAAUGAACGUGACAAUCAGAUUCUACAAAAUGACUUUGAAAAAACAGAAAGCACAAAUGUCCCAUUAGAGCAAGAAGCUACUAGUAGAGAUGACCAAGAUAGCUCUCUUGUGAAACCCUGUUACCUCAAUAUCUUAGAAAAUGAACAACCUUUAAAUAAUGCUACUCAUGAAGAUUCGCUCAGUACUGUUGAGUCAUCUAAACAGCCCAGCCCUUUGCCAUUACCUUUAACUGAAAUGGAAACCUUAGUGCCUAGAGUCAAAGAAGUUAAAUCUGCUCAGGAAACUCCUGAAAGCUCUCUCGCUGGAAGUCCAGAUACUGAAUCUCCAGUGUUAGUGAAUGACUAUGAAGCAGAAUCUGGUAACAUAAGUCAAAAGUCUGAUGAAGAAGACUUUGUGAAAGUUGAAGAUUUACCACUUAAACUGACAAUAUAUUCAGAGGCAGAUCUAAGGAAAAAAAUGCUUGAAGAACAACAGAAAAACCAUUUACCUGGUGAAAUAUGUGAAAUGCACACUGAAGAAUUAGCUGGAAGUUCUCAAACACUAAAAGAACCUGAAACAGUGGGAGCCCAAGGUAUAUGAGAUGUCUUCAGAGGCUCAUCGAACUUUUGUCUUUACACAGUGCAUUUCAAAAUGACACUAAAUAAACAUCUGCUUUGAUCUGUAUAAAAAUGUAAAUUAGUUUGACAAUGCAUUUUUGAUAGAUGUGCUAAUUUCUGCCCAUGGCAGUUUUAAAACAUCAGAAACUGAAUUCUGGACAGAUUCAAACCUUGAUACACUGUGGGUUGGUUUUUUUUUUUUUUUUUUGGUCCUGAUUCCCCCCCCCCCCCCAUUGUGAUGUUUGGUAAUAUUACGUUUAAAAUGUAGUUUUAAAUAAAGUUUGGCCUUACCUGUAAAGUACCCCCCUUUUUUGGAAAUUAUGUUGAAUUCUACACAGUAAGUCAUUGUUCUAUAGAAUUUUAGGCUAUUCAGACAGUAGUGGUUAAGAGAGAAAUAUUUAUUAUAGAGCCCAGCCAUUAGACCAGUCUUCCAGCUAAAGCCAGUGUUGCUUCUCUUGGGUCUAAAGUUCUGUUAGGUACCUGCAGGGCCUAUUCCUGUGCAAGAAUAGGGCUGGUUAUAAAGGUAACCCAGAUACCUGAAUUAUUUAGAGUAUAUAUCAAUAAUUCAUUCAAAUUUGGUAAGUUCAGAACUUACAUAAUUAUCUAUUAGGUGUUUUCUAGAAUUUCAGAUCCUAAGUUGUCUCAGUCUAAAUUUUUAAAAUUACCUUUAUAUAAUGAGGGAGUAUUAAUGCACAGAUAAGUAAUAUUGCAUUUAACUUUAGAUAAUCACACUUUCAAGUGGGGAUAAGUAGAACUAAAUUGAUAGAACAGGGCAUUAAUCUUCUAUAUGCCUUGACAGACUUUUGGAAGUGAUAGUUUAAUACCAAAGCAAAGCAUUUGGCCUCUGUGUGUAUGAGAGAAGCAGAUUUGCAGAUAAUGUCCUAUGUCCUUUUUCACUGUUAAAAUCCAUGUGACUUUUUUAUAAGUCUAUCGACUUGCCAUAGACACAGUAAGGUUUCUCAGAGCCAGUUAACAGUGAGUCAGUCAACAUUAGACAAAUGAAUAAAAUGUGAAGCAUUUAUUCCAAGUAGUAAUUUAAAUUUGCUAACAAUUAAAAUGCCCUCUAAAAUAACUUGGUUGGUAUUCCUUUAAAAUUCUUAACACCUGUUAAAAUGUGGUAUCCAUUCAGGGAAUACCAAAUGAGGAUUCCUUAUGAGGACAUUCACUGUAUUGCUACUUAAAUUUUCUAAGACAUCAUCUCCAAUACAUCCUAUUCAGAAAACCACCCAUCCAGAACCAGGAACUCUUAUCCCAUUAGACUAUCUCAGAGAAAGGGGUACAAGAAGUUAAAGUCUAUGAACACUUAAGUUCUGUAUUUUCUAGAUAUUGAUCAGAAUAGUGGGAAACUUCCAUUUUGGUACUCAAAGCCUUAUUUGUGGCUAUCUCGCUCUCUCUGCAUGCAUAUUAAAGAUAGGCAUGGUAGAAGAAUUGAAUUUAUAUCUUAGCUACUACCAUGGUACCUGUUUACCAACCUUGCUUAUUUGACUUGUUUAAUAGCUGCUAUCUAGUCUUAUUUUCCUAUUUUAGUUGAUAAUUUAGUUUUAAAAUACCCAGGGCUUGAGAACAGAUAACUUGUUCAAUAGAUUUUGCCUAAUAACUAUUGCUGAAGAGGUAGGCAUUAAAUACUCCUGUUUAUCUUAAGGUAAAAUUUUGGUUAGAGAUAGAAGGAGAAAAGGCCAGAGUGAAAGAGAAAGAACCCUAUUGAGGUUGAAAUAAUGCCUAAUAUAAUGAGCUAGCCAGACCAUGGAAGUACUUUGUAUUUUGUAACUUUACACUUUGGAUAAAUGCUUUUUC